GUACAAGGGAGAAGGGACAGGGGUCGAUAGCCCGUCGCAGUCUCGCAGCCGGCUGAAGUCGGGCGCGGCUCUGCGACUCUUGUCUUGUGUCGGGCGCCCACUCGUCCGCCAUUUUGUCGUUCAUUUCGUACGUCGCAAUUGAGCGAAGGGGACACGGCCGACGGCGCUGGCGCGUUCGUUUUCACAUCCUGAUUCCAGUCCUGCAUUGUUAGAAAAUAGAAGCACCCGGAAGAAAAUUGUGAUAUUAUUGCAUUUUUCUGCAAUAAAAGGGUACUUAUAUAAGUACUCAUACUAAAACCUUCACAUGCAACGGUUGAAUGGCGUUACAUAUGGAAAUUAGUGAUUCGACAGAAAGAAAAACUGGAGACAGAUUCAAUUAUUAUCGUGCUCAACAAAACUAAAGAGUGGAACUUAUGCAUUUAAAAGCUGUGAUUUGUGUAGUGUUUAUUAUAUUCCUCAAGAAUGGAUUCGGAGUACGAUCGCAAGUUCGAGGAGAUGAAGGAGUACAUCCCCUUUUUGGAGGGUAUGAUCGAGAAACUGGAAGAGUCGAACACCGGUUCCAACCCACGACAGGCACAGCUCAACAAGAUACGAUCGCUGAGGGACCUACUAUUGGAUAAGAAGAAGAGGAUGAAAAUGGAAAAUUUACUGAAAUGUGAACAAGUAUUAAUUAAUUUGUACGCAAAGGUUAAUGAGCGCAAUGCAUUCCCGGGGCCAAAAAUUGGAUACUUGUCGAAAAAGGAAAAUAGUGAUUUAAAUAAAGUCAGAAGCAAGCUGAAGUCUGUCGUAUCCAAAUUGCAAUCGGAACCUGCUGAAACUUUGCCAGAAAUAGCAAGAGCCAGUGAAACUGAGGAAAUAUGUGUACCUGGUAGUAAGGAACCAGCAUUGUUUCAACGUAGACCCAACAUGCCGUCCACGCCAUCACUUGGCUCUCCAAGCAGAAACAAGGAAAUUCCUAUAGCCAAAAAGCCCUAUACUCGAGUUUUAAGAUCACCUGAAUCUAAUUCUAGUGAACAUUAUUGGCCCCAAAAUACAUCUUCAGUACAACCACUUUUUAGUCGACGUUCACCUAAGAAAUCACCACGCAAACGUUCACCAUCUUAUCACAGAAAAGAACGAAAAAAGGCUUUAAAAUUGAAAUCUAAAUAUAACCAACCGAAAGACUUAAACAUAACAUUAAACGUGCCAGAAGAUAGCUUAAAAUCGUUGAAUACAAAAGACAUCUUGUCUAGAAUAAUAAAUUGUAGUGAUAACGAUGUUGACAUUGCUACAUUGCGUGAACUAAGAACACAAAUUCUUGGGGAAUUAAAAGAUACGGGAACAAAUGACGACAUAUCUGAUAUAAUACUCAAAUCGUAUAAAAACAAAAAGAAUAAAGAAUUGAAAGAUAAAACAAAACUUGAAACAAUAACCAAAAACUCUGAAGUCGAAGAAGGAGAGCUUUCUGAUAGUGAAAGUGAAGCUAUCGAGAGUAUUUACGGUAGUCUAGUUGUUUUAGAUAAAAGCAAACCUGUAGCCCAGGGAAGUAAAAGUUUGGAUAAAGAUAAACCACGGAAAAUACAAAUAUGUCUUGUAAUUAACUCUGAUAAAACGAAACCCAGUAUACAACAAGAGAAGGACAAGGAUCCAUGUGUUGACACAUCAGAUUUCGAAACAUUUGACAUGCAUAAAGAUCAAAAAAGUAACGAAGUAGUGAUACUAGAUAAACCAAGUUUUACUAGUGAGCCGAGUCACGAUGACAAAGACAACGUUUCCGAUGGUAAAUUAGCGUGUGAUUUAAUAUCAGACAAAGAAAAUACAGACGGGUUAAAACUUCAAAUAGAAACUGAAAAUCCUGAAAAGGUUAGUAUUAGAAAAGAAGAAAAUAAUGAAGUAAAUAUUAUUUCCCCAAAAAUUGAAGAGAAUAAAAAUAGCUGUGAAAACGAAAGUGCUAAAAAUUUGACAGUUGAUAAACCUACCUUUUAUAAAACUUUAGUGGAACUAGGUCAAGAAGAGAUUGAAGAUGACAAAGAUUCAAAAGAGUAUCAAAAAUUAGAUGAAAGCUCCUCGAAAGAUGCCAUACCGUUAUUAUUAGAACCAACGGAACCUGUAUCAGAACCAUCAAACGAAGUGUCAGAAAUUGAUAUACUUCAAGCUCUAAAAGAAGAGAUCCUAAGUGAAACUACAAACGUUUUAAACACUGAUACAAUAGCUUCCGCGUCAAGCACGCCUCUUUUACAUCAGCCAAAAAUUACUAAAGUGGCCAAUGCUAAGGAAAUAGGCCCCAAAAAGAGAAUUUCAAUUGAAAGCUAUAAAGCUAAAGCUCCUGUAACUAAGCCUACUAAAGAAAUUAAAAAUACUGUUAAAGACGAUAUUUUGAGAAAACAAAGUCUGAAAUUGACGGAAAAAGAAUGUGAAAGGUUUAACUUUUUAUCUAAAUUAACUUUAACAGAAAGCUCUGACGAUGAAGAUAAAUCAAGUUUGUGUUUAGAUGAUAUCUAUACUGACUUUGCUCCAAAAUCCCCUGAUCACGAAGAUUUUGCUCCCAAAUCGCCUGAUCAUGAAGAUUUUGCUGAUACGGGGCUCAAACCACCUGUAAUUAUUCCGAGUGAUCCAGUUCAAGCAACAGUUGUUGGUUCGGAAGCUGACGUCGACAUGAGAAAAUUAUUACCUAAUGUUACAGCAUAUGAUCCAUCUACUAUAAAUUUACAGUCGCCCCUUAGUGUGGAACCAUCGAAAGCAUUUAAUACUGAAAAAGAAAUGAGUAAAAGUGAUGAAAGAGUCGCAUCGCCCCUAGUUGAUCCAAGGGUGAAGAGAGAUAGCACCUCUGCGUCAAAUCCGAAUACUCACAAUUCACAAUCAGUUCAUGUUGAAAAUAUACAAUCACCAUCAUCAAAUUUCCUUACAUCUACUUCUGUUAUGCUUAAUGUAAACGAGGGACAAACAGCAUUAAAUGUGAAUUCAAAUACUAACAGAAAUUCAAUGGCAACACCCAGUUUAAUGAGUUUGAACAUUACACCAAAUGUGAAUAUGUCUUCCCAUAUACCACCUUUGUUACCAAAUUUGACUCCUAACAGAACACCAAAUGCAGCCCCAAACAUGACUCCAACUGUAACCCCAAAUAUUCCUCCGCUCAUGACUCCAAGUAGGACACCACAUGUUGCAAGUAUGACUCCUAGUAGAGCACCAAUUAUGGCAAACAUGACUCCAAAUAUGACACCAUCCCGCCACGCCUAUGACAACGAAGACUAUUCUAGUCGUAAACAUGUCUAUGCACCGAUGUUUUAUGUUAGUGAAUCGCGAGAAAGUAUGGACAAUUCAAGAGAGAAUCAACAAACUCAAUGGGAUGCACCUGACACUCGGUCACCUUUCUGGGAAGAUCGAAAUUCCAGAAACAGUUCCUUAAAAAGGGAUACCGAUUAUAGAGAAACUAGAAAAGACAUUGAUUAUAGAGAUCAAAAUGUGUAUUCCAUGCAAAGAGAUGUUGAUUAUAGAAGAAGUCACUCCGUGCAGAGAGAUAUUGACUAUAGAGAUAUUGACUAUAGAGAUAUUGAUUAUAGAGAUAUCCGGAAAAAUUCUAUACACAAUAAACAUAGUUUUGAAAGAGAUUCUGAUCGGACACAAUGUCCUCCUACACCCAGCCAUUCAUUCGGAAGACGAGAAUGCCCACCAACCCCAACACCAUCAUUUGGAAGAAUCGAUAGACCAAUGACACCUAUUCAUCCUUUUGGUAGAUCAGAUUGUCCAUUAACUCCUAGUCAUCCCUUCGGUAGGAAUGAUUCACUUCUUCCUACACCUAAUUUUGGUAGAUCUGAAUAUAAUCAACAUGCAUCAAGGUCACAAGAUCCAAGAUUAAAUAGGAUUUCUGAUUAUGACAGUUAUCAGUAUGGAGAUGAUGACAGAGAACGUGCGUAUUUUUAUGAACGACAAUUCAACUCUGGCCAGUAUCAUUCUGAUACUCAUUUAUUUAGGAAGUACAAUCGCGAACGCAGUAUAGGGAGAAACGAGAGAAACAUUUCUGAUUAUAGAGAACAAGUGCCUCGCCGAGAAGCUAGUCUUAGCCGUUCAUUCAAUCGGGAAGAGAGGGAUUAUGGACGUUCAUUUAAUAGAGAAAAUGAAAGUGAUCGUUAUUUGAGAAAUCACAGCAAACGUGGAAGGGGUUAUGACUGUAGAAAUCAUAAUGAUUCUACAAACUAUGAUGAAGGCCAACGUCGUGGUCGUGAAAGAAGCAUUGGGAGGACGCAAGAGAGAGUCUCAAACCUAAUGAAAGAGGUUAAACCUUCAAAAUUGGAAAAAGAAAAUAUGUUACGCGUAAAUUCUCACGGUGGACCCUCCUUUACUAUUGACACAAGCGUUAAUAGUUCAUUCCAAGAAAUGAAUACUAGAGCAAAAUCAAAUUUCAAUUUUGACGCUCGUCGACAACGCGCCUCUAGCGUUGGUCGUACUUUGCUCCCCAAAAGCAAGACUUCAACCCAUGAAACAAAAUAUAAAUUUCAUGAUACCGAGAAUAAAAUCAGAAAUGCUAAUAACUUUCGACGUGCUUGUAGUGUCGGACGAGAUUUUGACAGUAACAAAAAGCUUAAUUUUAAGGAUACUAAAGCUGAUCUAAGGUCUUUUAAAUUUAAAUCGGAUUUUAGAUUUGCUAAAGAUAGCACUAAACAUGAAGUUAGUCGGGUAUCAGCCGAAAUUCCUAAAAAUGAUAACUCUCGUAGUAGACAAAUAGCUCCCGAGAUCCAUGACAAGUCCAAUUCAAAGUACUCACCCAGAAAAAACAAUAGAGAUCCAAGGAUGCGUCGGGACAAUUCACGUGAUAGUAAAGAUAGGUGCAGCUCACUAGAUUCAAAAGGUUACGGUAUUGUCUAUUCUAAUGAUAAUAUUUCGAAAGGAACAAUUUUAGGGUCUGGCUACGGCGUUAAGAAUUAUAAGAUUCCAAAAAUUAAACGUCCGCAAGAGUUUAUAGAAAUAAGAAAAGAUGAUGAUGAUGAUAAGAAUGUGUCUUGCUCCAAAAAUGAAUUUUUAGAUUCUGAAGAAAAUGAAAAGCACAUUAAAUCACAAGCUGAAAUAAAAGAACAAAAAUUUGAAAAUAGUUCAGAUGGAAAAAAUAUUACUGCGUCCCGAAACGUUAAAUCAAAAGAUAUUCAGAACCAAAAUAAUAAUGUUCAAGAAAAAAUUAUAAAUGACAACUGUAAACAGCAAGAAGCCAAAGAAGAGUUCGAUGAAACUGAAACUAAUGUAAAUGAAACCAGUUGCAGUAAGAAAAAGAUGACUGUGAAUCGUAAACAGAAGAAUGCACAAAUUAUAAAAAUCAAUGAUGUAAAAGAGUUAUUGAAUAAUGAUAACACAAAAAAACAGGAUGAAUCUGAAAUGAAUAUUGUUAACACAUCGUCCGAUUCAAUGGAUAAUAUAGAAAGAAGGGUAACAAGAUCCACUCGGAAAAAUAUGCCUGAUGAAUCCAUAUCGUUGGAAUUAACGCCAAUAAAGAGAAAAAGAACAUUGAAAAAACCGAUUCUUAAGUCUGAUUCUGAUUCGGAUGACAAUGAUAAACCAAACAGGGAAGAUGCUGACAAGAUUUCACAAGCUUCCAAUAAGCAGAUCUCCUCAGUUGUAGAUACACGGAAAGUUUUAGAUACUCAUAUUGCAACGGUAGACAUUAAAACUAGUGAAAUGAGUACAGUCUGUGAAAUAACCAAAGAAAAAGCAGAAGUGAAUAACUUAUCAGAAAUAAUAAACUCUGAGAAACAGGAGUCCGAUUCAACUAAUAAAGAAGAAUCAGUUUUAGAAAAAAAUAAAGUUGAUCUUAAGGAUAAACAAAUCGAAGAUGAUUUGGAUUGCUUUAGUCUAAGUGAUCUUGAAAUUUUUCCUGAUAAUAUAACAUCAGAUACGGAUGUUAAAAAUAUAAAUGCUCUUAUAGCUGAUUUGGACCAUGACUUAGAUUCAUCUAAAAACACUGACGCUAGUAGUAGAUUCACAAAUGAAAUAAAUCUUGAAACAAUGUUAGAAAACAUAACAAGUCCAGGAAAAAGUGACAAAAAAGAAACUGAACAUAUUUCAUCACAUGAACAAGAUUUAAUUCAAACGGACAUAUCUUAUAAAGAAAUAGAAAUCGGGCAUAAUAAUGUUGCAAAAAGUAUUGUUGAACCGGCUGACAUCAAGGGAGAUAGCUGUAAUAGUGAAAAAUACGAUAAAUGGCAGAAAAGUGAAAUAAACAAUAAAGUGGAGUCAGAUAGUGCUGUAAUACUAACUCCUAAUAAAAUUAAUUUUCAAGAUAGUGAAACUGGGCCAGAUUUUUUCGAAAAAGAAUGUGAAAUAUCUAAUUCACAAUUUUGUGUACCACUAGUUGAGAUUAAUAAAGUUAAUGUAGAAGACACCUGUAGUAACGAUGCCAUCGUUUCAACUUCAGAAGAUGGUAAAAACUUCAAACCGGAAACUGCAGUAAAAAAACACCCGGAUAAUGAAACAGCUAAUAGUCCGUCUACUCCUGACAGUACAAUUAACAGCAACGUUGAGGAUUUAGAACCAAAAGAUGAUUUGCCUUUUACUCAUGAAUCUGGAUGUGAAAUGAAUUCUGAUAUAACUUCUACACACGUCACUGAUGCACCCAUUAAAGAUUCUUUAGAGGUAAUUUCUUCUGAUGUUGAGAAAUCAAAGAAAGUCAAUAAGUUAUUGUCUAUUUUAAAAGAUAAAACUAUAUGGAAAGAAGUACUGUCUCAAUUGGAUAAUCAGUCGAGUGAAGAAAAUAAAAAAAUAAAAAAUAAAAUAGAAAAAAUAAGUGAAAUUAUAUCUGACGAUGAAUCUACGCUUGAAAAUAAUCUUGUGGUAAAACCAAAUGACUUGAAAAGCAAUGACCAAAAUAUUGACGAUCAUUCCAACAAAAAUAUCACUGGGGCUCAGGAAGAACUUAAUAAAGUUGAUUUCGAUGCUAAAAUUCAAGAUUUACAAGAAAAUAAAGAUUGUUCUAAUAAAAAUAUCUCUGAGGUGCCGUAUGAUCUUAAUAAAGUUGACGUCGAUUCAAAAAUUCAAGAUACACAAAAAAAUAAAGAGGUGGAAAAUAGUUGUGAAACGUUAAGCGCACAGAAAGAAGAAAAUAAAGAUACUGAAAAAAGUUGCUCGGUAGAAAAUAAUCGAUCUGAUAAAAAUGUCUCUGAGGUGCAAAAAGAGCUUGAUAAAGUUGACUUCGAUUCAAAAAUUCAAGAUAUACAAAAUAAUAAAGAGAUGAAAAGUAGUUUUGGAACAUUAUACGCACAGAACGAAGAAAAAAAAGGUACUGAAAAAAGUUGUUUGGUAGAAAAUACUAGUGCUACAAGCGAAGCUAUAAGUGACAGCAAUAUUAUACAAAACACUUCUGAAGGAAGUGUCAGUGCUAUAAACAAAGUUAUAAGUAAUAAUUGCAAAAUAAUUGAUUUAGAUAAUAAGGAGAAAAUACCUAGUGAUUCAAAUAAUAGCUCUCUCUUGGAAGAAAAUAUAACACAAAAAGAUAUGAAAGAAAUCGAUGAAACUAAAAUUAAUGAACUUGCUAACUGUGAUGACGUCGACAGAAAUCUGCAAAACGAAAAAUUAGAAAAUGAGAAACCCACUAUAACAAAGAAAAAAAGAAGAAGAGGUAAAAAGCGGAUCAAGAAGAGAAAGCCAAAACCUACUGAAGAAAAACGCGUAACGCGUUCGGAUACAAUCAGUUUACAACCAAUGGCAUUAUUAGAUAAACCAGUUACAAAAAAACCCUCUAGAGAACUACAAAAGUUGCAGGAAGACAUUAGAGAAAUGUUUAUAAAAGAAGAUAUUUUGAGCACUACAGGUAUACGUAUGUGUCGUAUAGCUAAAUUAGUUGAUGAAAAAAAAUCUACAGAAGAUGUUUUGCCCAAUGAAAACACCGAGCCAUUAAUUGUUCUUGAAAAGUGUAGCGAUUUUAAUGCGUCCGAAAAAUUACCCGAUUUAGAAAAAAUACGAAAGAAAAAAAUAACGAAAACGAAAAACAAAGAUCUUGUCGCUAGUAAUUUACAUAAUGAAGCACUAAAUACGAAUUCGCCCAAGACUGGAACUGCUUUAGUAGUUGAUUAUAAAUGUAAAGCAAAGGAGAAAAAACAUAGUAGUUCAGAUCCGUAUAACUUCGAAACUGAUUCUGUAAGUGAAUUGAAUAAUGCUAGUGAUAAAAAUGACAGUAGCUCGGAAUCUGAAAGUGAUUCAGUAGAUUCAACUAAAAGCUCAACUGAAAGCGCGGAAAUAACAGAAAUGAAAAAAAAAGUAAAGCGCAGGCGAGGCAGACUGUGGCAAUCGGGAGUUAUUAAGCCGAAGAAUAAGAAAAAGAAAUUAGACCAGAAACCAGUUCCUACCACUACAGAAACUAUUUCAACUGAUGAUAUUCCUGAAUCAGAAACACGCAAAGUACCCGAUUUCACUUGUUUCACAGAUAAAACCUACUGUUUUAGAAAACAUGUUUUGACUUAUAACUGCCGAAUUUGUUUAUAUUCUGGUACUGAUAUAGUUCAUCAUUACAAAAAAGAACAUCCUCACACAGAAGUUCCAUUAUCUCGACUGAGUUCUGCUGUGGCAAAGGAAGCGAUAAAAGAGUCUGAAGAUAUAAACUUUCAAGGAAUUAGUAAAAUAUCAUCAAAAAAAUAUGUCUGCCGGUUCUGUUCUAAAGAAUUUAGUAGAAAAAAGCGGCUUUUGGAAGCAUUUUUCUGGCACAUUGUAAGUAUGCAUACUGGUGAAUACAAACAGACAUGCCCAAAGUGCGUCGACACGCAAAUCUGCCCAUUGGAUAUAGAUAUUCCACCGCCACCAAAAGAUGCCAAUGGACAACUUUUAGGGUACAUUUGCGAAAAAUGUAAUUACACUCAAAUAUCUUUAGAAAAUUUAAAAACUCAUGUUAUAGUCUGGCAUAACGAUGAACAAACUGCGGUGUACGCAAUCAAUUUGGCGAGUUUAUCGAAAAGUGCUAUCAAUAAUCUUCUAAACCGUAGUGAAGGCGUUGAAUCAGAAAAGCCGCGAUUAUUAAGAAGUUCCCGAUCAAAUCAAAGCAUGGCUGAAGUCAGUGAUGAUGAAAGUGAUAGUACCGAUGAAUCUAGUAAACCAUUAAAAAAGAAACCCGGCCGUAAAAUAAAUGAACCCGUGGUUGAAAUGAUGAAUAAACCUAGUCACAUUCAGUCAAAAAUUACAUUUGAGAGUGAUAUUACAGAUGAAAUUUCAAAUUAUGACACUAGUGAGGCCACCGUUAAAAUCGAGUCGGACACAAAUGAUAUACAGGAUAGCCAAUUUGAUGAGUCUCAUUCGGAAACGGAAAAACAGACAGAUGAGUUGGAGAAUAUAGAAACUGAGAAGCAUAAUGAAAAAACUGUCUCGCAGGAUAUCUUCGAUUAUUCUCAUUUCAAAGUUAAAAUAACCGGGUCUGGAUCCAAAGAAUAUGUGUGUUGUAUCAAUGGUAAUGACAACCAUUACAAGACUUCUCUUUUGAUAUCAAUGAAAAAACAUGUGCAGUUGAAGCAUUCAGAGAAAUGGGAUGGAUAUUGUUGUCUGUGUAAAGCUAUAGUUACCCCUCAAGGAGAACAUAAGUUUAAAGAUUGCUUGCAACAUUUUCUGGAUAAACACAUGGAUAAUUUCCCUAUCUUAGAAGAAAUACCAGUCACACAAGAAGAAAUACCAGAAAAUGACGAACCUGUUCCUGGCGACGAAGUCCUCGAGGCGGUUACAACAAAUAAACCAAAAAUUAAUGUUCGGCCUCUGUCUGAACUCAUAUCUGAGCCAAGAGAACCCCAACAAAAAGAAGGUGAAGGUCCUGCUUUGGCAGUCAUAGAAAGCGUGAUGAGCCUCGGCCGAGUAGAACAGCCACGGCCCAGUCCGUCAUAUCCAACUCCUGUUACAGCAAUUGUUGAAACCUUGAAACAAUACAAAUAUGAAGAAUUUCAAGCUGAUAUUAUGUCCAGGAAGCACCUCGUUGUUUUAGAAGCGAUGAUGUCUCCCACAAAAUUGGUACAAGUGUUCAAAUGUGCCGGUCGCUUUUGUUCCUUUACAACGGAUAGUGCCGAGGAUGCACUUUUGCACGCUUCCACGCAUAUGAAAGUCGGCGGAAUCGAUUCCCUGAAUUGUGUUUAUUGCGAUUAUGAUUCGAGUGGUAAUGCGAUUGAUCUGAUAACACACGUGUUCAAGCACCACGGUUGCUGCCCCUACGUGUGCGGGAUGUGCUUCUACCGCGCGGCUGCCAGUCAGUUAGUUUACGCACAUAUAAAGAGAGUGCACGAUAAGGCUACCGAUGUUAACGUCUUAAAGACGACGUUUCAAACUCCCCCUCUCCAGGAAGACAGCAUACUGACACGAGAAGCUGCUGUGGCGUAUUAUCUUUGUUGCGAUCAAAAUCCAACAGACGGUCAAUGCAAAUACCGGACAUAUACAUCCGGGAAAUUCUGCGACCAUUUACAGGCGCGACAUCCUGCUUCCACCGAAUUCUUGUGUUUUAUAUGUUCAACUUCAGCACCAACGCCUGUUGACUUGGUCAGCCAUUUAAAAAUUCAUGGCUUAAAGCUAUACCAAUGCCCAUGGUGUGUUUUUGGGGCUGAAGAUGAAAUGGAGUUACUGGAACACGCCUCGGCUCGACAUCCUACACGACCACCUAAGGCAUACUUGCGGAUCAUCACUAAUAAGGAAGGCACGACCGAACUCAGAGUUUUGCCUUUGGCUCAUUUGAAUAAAUACAUCGUACCGGCUGUAGAAAUUGGGCCGAACACCCAAAAAGAUUUCCCUGUUCGGGAAGCGGAGAGGUCGAUAGAGCUAGAAAAACUAAUUGGACAAAUGAUACAAUCUGUGGCGAUGAGCACUGAAACAAGUGUCAGUGAAAGGGAAUCGACAAUUCAGCUCGAAGAGUCUCCACAGCCGGAUGUGUCUCUGAUAGAAAAUAUGAAUGUUUUACAGAACACAGAAACACUAUUACCAAGAGUGACCACUCCGGUGCUCCCUGAAAGUCGACUGACGACGAUCGAUCAGCCUGAGCAGUCUACCCCAAUUCUUAAAUCUGAAACACCCCAGAUAGCCCCAGAAAAGAUACCCCAACUUGAACCUGAAAUAGUUUGUUUAGAUAGUGACGACGAAACUCCCCCUUCAGUGGCAGCAAGCUUACCGGAUGUGCCACCCACUCAGACUUCGCCACUUCCGACUCCAGUUGAAAAUGAAAUGAAGAAAGUGGAUUUGACCCAAUUAUUUGUUUGCGCCAAAUGCAACAUGAUAAUUAAAUGUGCCUCUGGUUUCGUAAAGCACAUUAACGCUUGUUUUUCCAAAACGGCGAACCUCAUCCCUUGCGCCCACUGUCCAACGCAGUUACCACGGAAAAGUGUCGUUACACAUUAUAAUUCCCAUUGCGAUAAAACUAAGCAAACGCCACGGUACUACUGUUACAAAUGUUCCGUAGGAUUCAAUAAUAUCUCCACGGCCAAGGUGCAUCAGGAAUCUAAACACCGUAUGGCUACGUCUAGCACAUCAUUGCCGGCAUACAUCAAAGAAGUGGCCCCCGGUCCGAAAAGUAAACGAAAACGGAGUAUACAAAAAGACAAAGCCGCCGAACCACCUGCGAAAGUGACUAGAUUCGGACCGCAAGAUAUCGACAAGCUUCCGAUUAACCCUAUUUUGGACGAUUUCGUCGUUUGUUCCCUGUGUGGAUUUAAUACGAAAGUGCGACUCAAUAUGGUGAGGCAUCUGCAGCUGCACGCGCAGCAGCAGCCCGUGCCGCAGACCGCGCCCGUCAACCCCGUGCCGCACCUGGAGACCAACGAGAUGCACUUCGACAAGAUGCUCAACCUCGCCUCGAGUUCCAUCGGGCCGCGGCUCGCCGACAAGACCAGCAAGACCGAUGCCAACGCGCCCGCCGCGCCCACCGUGGCGCCGGACACCAUAUCGCGCUACCCGAAGUUCGUGUCCGACAAACAGCGCCUCACGUGCGGUGCCAAGGGCUGCUCGUACAUAUCCGUCGACGAGACGAUGAUGAAGUGCCACUGGGAAACGCUGCACAGCGGCACGAACGAUUUCCACUGCGUCCAUUGCCCCCCAUACCAGCAAAUAGACAAAUCCAAUCCCGUGACCGCCAUGAGAAUCAUAACUCAUCUAAAAAUGCACGACGAGAAGCUGUAUGCUUGUUCGUUGUGUUCGUACUAUCAUCAUCGGCGGCAGAUUCUAGAGAGACAUUUGGCUAACGUGCAUAAGGGAGGGCAAGUGUUAGUCGUUAGGGAAGGCAAAGGGGGGGACACUAAUGCACCGACCGCGGCGAAUGCUAGCUUAUUAAAAACUUCGGCACCCACGAUGGAUUUGAAGCCGUGGCAAUGCGGUCUGUGUCAAUUGAAGAGUUUACUUCGUCAAGAUGUAGUAGACCAUUGUGCUAAAGCACAUAAUUCGAAGAUGCAAUACAAGUGCGCGUAUUGUGCCUUCAGAACUUCUAACCCCGAGAACAUAAUUAAACAUCAAGCUAAGUCCCAUGUCGGCAAGCCAGAAGAGAUUUUCUAUUUCUACUACCGGGAAGGCUCCGUACCGGAUGAGCCCGACGGAACUACUCGAUGGCAAAAACAAUCUAAGAACGCACUUCCGUCAGAGCCAAAGGUUAAAUCCGAAGAUCCCAGUGAAAUACCGCCCCCUUCAGCACCGAAGUCACACAGUCUUCUACGAAAACUCGCGACAGCUGUAGAUCUUAAUCUGGUUAAAAAAGAGGUUGAUCCAGCCCAAGAGACGAUAGAAGAUUUAUGCAAGGAAUUCGGAGCAUUUUGUGAGCCAAAUGGACUUAAAUACAAGUGUUCACUGUGUAGUCAUGUAAUGGAAGACAGUUUAGAGGCUAUGCAAUCACAUCUUUACGAGGAACUGAAAUACAGAAAGUGGGGUUGCAGUAUAUGUUCCUACAAAGCAUUCCAUAAGGAAGGCUUGAGUGAGCACAUGCAAACAGAACAUAGGCAAAAUCGAGAUCCGAUUGCAUUGCCUGUUGACAGUCGAGUAGAAACUUGGGUAGCUAAGUUAUUAGAACACCAAACGACUUUAAUAGACAAAUAUAAAGAAAACUUAGCCAAGCAGAAAGCGGAGAUCUUAAGAACUAAUCCUGGACCUUCCACGUCGAAGCCUCAACACGAACAAGUUAAAGAAAGCUCAAAUACUGUAGGUGCCACCAAUAAGCCAGAUGACGCAGAACUGGAGAAGAUUUUUGGGCACUUUGGUGCAUCCUCAAACUUGUCAUUCUGCUGUCCUAAGUGCAGUUCUUCCUUCAAAGAAGAAGAUCUCAUGCACACCCAUUUGGAGAGCGAACUUAAUAAAAUAAGGUGGUUUUGCAGCAACUGUGCGACGAAAUUCCAAACGUAUCACGAAGCGCAGUUCCACAGCAGGAGUGUUCACAGCGGACAAGGCGCCCGACCCGUCGAGGCUACCAGAGAUCCCACAGUCCGAGCAGCUUGGAUAGACGCUGUUAUUCGAACGCAGAAACAGAGCAUGGACAUUGUUCCCGUUCAAACAAAUACAGAGAAAACUUUCAAUCAAAUAGAAGACUUGUCUGAUCCAGCGGAAAACUCAUUACUAGUCGUCCGUUACGAGAAGACAAUACCGACACCCGAAGAAGAGAUGGCACGCAGAACACCAGCUUCCACCGUAGACAGUGACGACGAGAAGCUAGUAAUCGAUGAACCACUGGAAAGCAGAAAAUCUAAAUGUGUACAAAAGUGCCCUUACUGCACCUACGCCACCGGUUACGAGAAAAUGAUGCGCGAUCACUUGCUGCGACACUACGGCUUGAAACAGUUCAAUUGCCCGUAUUGUGACUUAAAUGGGACCCGUAGAACUAUAGAAAAACACCAGAAACUGUACCACUCAACGAGGCCAUUAAACUUAGUGCCUGCAACCAUCCCGAGUGAGUCGCCCCGCGAAUAUAACAAAAAGUUUUCCAAUCCCUCCAAUGAUGCUACUCCAGUCAAAGUCGUGUGCUUAGUUUGCCGAAAUGUUUUCACAGAAGCCGACGCACUGAACCAUAUACAUGAUAAAAUUCUAACUACGUUCGGCAAAAAGGGUGAAGUUGUAGUACAGUGUUGUAUGUGCAGCACGCUUCAUAAAGACGACAACGCUUAUUUGAGACACCAUAAAUCGAUUCACCCAGAGCUCGGAAUCAAUUACGUGUACACUAAAUUGAACACAGUGUUUGCUGAAUCCAAAGAGAUGCUUUACGCUUGCGAAAGUUGCCCUCAAAAAUUCUCGCAAUUGAAAGAUAUGAAAGCUCACGCCGACGCGAACCACCAAUCAGAGUUGAAAUACAAGUUAGUUCCUAAACACCCGAUCAUAAAUUUGGACGAUUACGAAGAAGGGCAGGAUUCGUCGAAACGCAAAAGCGACGACGAUUCAAUUUUACCGCCUUGUAAAAGAACUGCGAGAAAAUCCACGACCAAAUUGCCUCACACUAGAAUCGCGCGGAAAUCUACGACGAAACUACCUUUUAAUGUGCGUUGUGAAACCGAAGAGUUCUCGUACUAUGGAGCGAAGCCUUCGACUGAGGGGUUAGACAGGGUGGUUACUAUGAUGCCGUUCUGUAACAAAUUAGUGGCGUUCACGUACAGCAGUUUGAAAGAUAUGAUAAACAUUGAUCCUGCUGUGGUGGUCGACAAGAUAAAUAACCCCCUAUAGGUUCCUCAAGUGAAAUAAGAUUGGGUUGUUUAAUUUUGAAUGUGUAGGUCUUCCAUAAUCUGAUUACGGUCGGA